UAUGUAUUUACAGAUAAGACUGGCACACUUACUGAAAACAGCAUGGAAUUCAUUGAAUGCUGCAUAGAUGGGCACAAGUAUAAAGGUGUAACUCAGGAGGUUGGAUUAUCUCAGACUGAUGGGCCUUUAACAUAUUGUGACAAAGCAGAUAAGAAUCGAGAAGAGCUCUUUCUGCGUGCCUUGUGUUUAUGUCAUACUGUAGAAAUUAAAACAAAUGAUGCUGUUGAUGGAGCUACAGAAUCAGCUGAAUUAACCUAUAUCUCCUCUUCACCAGAUGAAAUUGCUUUGGUGAAAGGAGCUAAAAAGUACGGGUUCACAUUUUUAGGAAAUCGGAAUGGACAGAUGAGACUAGAGAACCAAAGAAAAGAAAUAGAAGAGUAUGAACUUCUUCACACCUUAAACUUUGAUGCCAUCCGCCGACGUAUGAGUGUAAUUGUGAAGACUCAAGGAGGGAACAUACUUCUCUUUUGUAAAGGAGCAGACUCAGCAGUUUUUCCGAGAGUGCAAAAUCAUGAAGUUGAGUUAACUAAAGCCCAUGUGGAACGUAAUGCAAUGGAUGGGUAUCGGACACUUUGUGUAGCCUUCAAAGAAAUUGUUCCAGAUGAUUAUGAAAGAAUUAACAGACAGCUCAUAGAGGCAAAAAUGGCCCUACAAGACAGAGAAGAAAAAAUGGAAAAGGUUUUUGAUGAUAUUGAAACAAACAUGAAUUUAAUUGGAGCCACUGCAGUGGAAGACAAGCUACAAGAUCAAGCUGCAGAGACCAUUGAAGCUCUGCAUGCAGCAGGCCUGAAAGUCUGGGUGCUAACUGGGGACAAGAUGGAGACAGCCAAAUCCACGUGCUAUGCCUGCCGCCUUUUCCAAACCAGCACCGAGCUCUUGGAAUUAACCACAAAAACUAUUGAAGAAAGUGAAAGGAAAGAAGAUCGAUUACAUGAAUUGUUGAUAGAAUAUCGUAAGAAGUUGCUGCGUGAAUUUCCUAAAAGCACUAGAAGCCUUAAAAAAGCAUGGACAGAACAUCAGGAAUUUGGAUUAAUCGUUGAUGGCUCCACAUUGUCACUCAUACUAAAUUCUAGUCAAGAUUCUAGUUCAAACAAUUACAAAAGCAUUUUCCUACAAAUUUGUAUGAAGUGCACUGCAGUGCUCUGCUGCCGGAUGGCACCAUUACAGAAAGCCCAGAUUGUCAGAAUGGUGAAGAAUUUAAAAGGAAGCCCAAUAACACUGUCGAUAGGUGAUGGUGCCAAUGAUGUUAGUAUGAUCCUGGAAUCCCAUGUGGGAAUAGGUAUUAAAGGCAAAGAAGGUCGCCAAGCAGCUAGGAAUAGCGAUUAUUCUGUUCCAAAGUUUAAACAUUUAAAGAAACUGUUGUUGGCUCACGGACAUCUAUAUUACGUGAGAAUAGCACACCUUGUACAGUAUUUCUUCUAUAAGAACUUUUGUUUCAUUUUGCCACAGUUUUUGUUCCAGUUCUUCUGUGGAUUCUCACAACAGCCAUUGUAUGAUGCCGCUUACCUUACAAUGUACAAUAUCUGCUUCACAUCCCUGCCAAUCCUGGCCUACAGUCUACUGGAACAGCACAUCAACAUUGACACUCUGACCUCAGAUCCCCGAUUGUAUAUGAAAAUUUCUGGAAAUGCCAUGCUACAGUUGGGCCCCUUCUUGUAUUGGACAUUUCUGGCUGCCUUUGAAGGGACAGUGUUCUUCUUUGGGACUUAUUUUCUUUUCCAGACUACAUCCCUAGAAGAAAAUGGAAAGGUAUAUGGAAACUGGACUUUUGGAACCAUUGUUUUUACAGUCUUAGUAUUCACUGUAACUCUGAAGCUCGCCUUGGAUACUCGAUUCUGGACAUGGAUAAAUCACUUUGUGAUUUGGGGUUCUUUAGCCUUUUAUGUAUUUUUCUCAUUCUUCUGGGGAGGAAUUAUUUGGCCUUUUCUCAAACAACAGAGAAUGUAUUUUAUAUUUGCUCAAAUGCUAUCUUCUGUAUCCAUGUGGUUGGCCAUAAUUCUUCUAAUAUUUAUCAGCCUUUUCCCUGAGAUUCUGCGGAUAGUAUUAAAGAAUGUAAGAAGAAGAAGUGCCAGGAGAAAUCUGAGCUGUAGAAGGGCAUCUGACUCAUUAUCCGCCAGACCUUCAGUCAGACCUCUUCUUUUACGAACAUUCUCAGAUGAAUCUAAUAUGUUGUAACAGAAUCCGAAUUUUGAACUGCCUAUGUUAUUGUCCUACAAGCAUACUGACAGUGGUUACAGCUAAAAAAGGAAGCAUGAAGAAACAACUACAAAAAGUUAUCAUCUCAGGAUACUCGAUAUGCAACAAACUAAACCAAUCUUUUAUGUCUAGGAUUCAGGAUAAAUGUCCAUUAAAAUACCAAAUGACUCUCUUAAGCAUUUACAGUUAUUAUAAGUAGCCGAUAUGGCCAAAGCACUAAGUUAAGAAUUAUACGAAAGUUGAAAGCAAGAGUACUUAGAAUUCUGGCUUUAGAUAGAAUUAUAUAACUACCAAAUGGAUGCUCUUCUAACCAAUGAACUUUGUGAAUGGAUUUCAAUAUAUUAGUGUAAAGCAGAAGUCAUGCAAUGGGAAUGAAUAUAUUUUGCUAACGUUAUUUUCUUUGCCUGGCAGAAGAAAUAGGCUGUUUGGAUCACAUUUCUCAUUCCUGCUGAAUGAUCAUCUUAAGUUAUUUCUUUUUUUUUUUUUCAAACACAUGAAAGGAGUACUUGAAAAUACAGGAGGACUAAAUGGUAUCAAUGCAUCAGACAGAAUAGUUAAUCCUUUCUGUUCACCCACAUGCUAAAUGUGUCUUGGUAGAAUAUUCUUGCCAAAAAAUACCUUGAACACUUACGUGAAAGUAUUAAUUUCACUGGGAUAUGAGGUAAGGUGGGUAGAACUAUAGUUAUACAAAAAUAAAGGCCAUUCUGAGCAUCAUCAGCCUUUCAUAAUUUUAUGUGCAGAGGAAGGAAGAAUAUUUUAAACUGCUAACUGUUUUUAUUUGAAAGAGGUUGCAUUUGUGCAUAUGUAUAGCACUUUUUUUUUUUUUUUUUAACUUGCCAAUUUGGGAAGGGGAGGGAUCCAUCCCAAGAUGGUGGUUCAACCUGUAGAGCCAUGACUCUAUAAACAUGAGUGUUGUAACUUGUAGCUAACUUGUCCAGGGCAGUGGUCUAACUCUAAACCAUGAGAUUGACCUUGUUAAAAGUCCUUGGCUUGCUGGACUAAAAGGAGGUUUUAGCCUCCUAGUGAGUUCACUUAAAACAUAGAAAUAAAUGUGAAAUGUCUUUAUUCAUGGUUAAACACACUUUUUUGACCACAUUUGACUGCUAGUUUGAAAUGGUCUUAAAAAAUAUAUAUUUUUGUCAGUUUUCAUUUUUGUCUCUUUCUGGCAUUCCUGUACUAUUAAUGUUUUUAUUGUACCUUGAUUUGGAUUCAUUCUGUACCAAUAUAUUUAUAUAGUCCAUAUGGCACAUUUGAUUCUUCUCUAUACAUUUUGUGUUAAUGUUUAGGUGUAAUUUUUCUUAAAUUCCAGAAAGGACAUAAUUUCAGUUAUCAGAAACCAUUUCAUCAUUACUGACCCUUUUUCAUUAUUUCAUUUGUUCUCAUCUAUCAGUAUUAUUUUGCAGUACUUUGUUAGAUGUCAUUCACAGCUUACCUAAAGUGUACUGUGUUCUGGCAGCCUGUGUUUGAGGUAAUCUACUAAAAACAAAGUCUUUAUAUUCUUUGCCUAUUCCAAAGAGCUAAAACAUCUAAUCCAGGAAAGCUUUUGAUGUGUUGUUAAUCUUGUUUUUGUUCUUACGGUUGUUGUUGCUAUAUUGUUAUUGUUGUUUGAUGUAAGAACUAUAGGGACUGUGAAUACAAAUAAGAGAGCCACAAUUGAGGGCCUUGUUUAAUGCAGAACCAUUGGAGAGUUGACAUAAUCAGAAUAUCCAGGGUAGUAGAAAUAUAACUGGUUGAAUGUAAAAUUCCUUGCAGCCAGGAAGAAAGUUAAAUGAGGAGUAAGGAAGAUUUAGAGUUAUGUCUUAGGUACACAUUACACUGUACAUUGCAGCCCAGAUUCAGAAUGGCAGCAAUGUGUAAUAUCACAGCCUAGAUCUCUGAGAGGGACCUGGCUUUCCUUUUUGAAAGAUACUUUAGUAAUGAGCUAAAAAAUGGCUAGUGUGGGGUUAAACAGAUGGAAUAACUUGAAAUAAGCCGUCCAGUAUUCCUAGCACUAUGGUCUAACCAUCCUAUUUGUGACAAAGAGAGGGGGAAAAUGUAAUGGGAUCAUAUACCCAUAAUUUGAAUAAUUUUGGACUAUCAAAUUUAUUUUCACAACUGUUGUCUGUUGUUUGAGGAUGUUAUCUAGUAAACUGAAAAACCUUCAUUCCGUAUCUACCACAUAUACACCAGCAACAGUAUAGAUAUAAGCGUAAAUUUACAAAGUUCAUAAUAUAGUGAUGGAAUUUUUUAAUAACAUGCAGUAUAUAAAUGUGCAGGUUUUAUGCAAAUGUUGACAAAAUCAUUUUUCCGCUUGCAAAAUGGGACUGCAAUAUUACAUUUUUCACUUAAGUAAUUUUUUACAUCUAUGUUGUCACCUUCUAAGAUGAAUGUGAAUGCCAUCUUUUAGGAAUGCAACUUGCCUUUUUCAUUACAGAAAUUUUUGUUUGAUGUAACCAAUAAACUUUGGUAUGAUAUGAUUGA